ACUGAACCAGACAACACAGAGCUGCUGAGCUGAACCAGGACAGUCAGGAACUCUGAAUAACCAUGAAUGACACUGUGCGCAUUGUACUGGUGGGCAAGACAGGAGUUGGCAAGAGUUCAACUGCAAAUACCAUCCUUGGCAAGAAAGCGUUUGUAGCCCAGGCCAAUGCGACAUCAGUCACCAGACAUUGCUCUCAGGAAACAGGCAUGGUGUGUGAUCACAGUGUAACACUGGUUGAUACUCCUGGCUUGUUCGACACAUCAGUUCCUAAUGAAGUGAUCGAGGCUGAGAUUGGGAAAUGUGUGACUAUACUGGCUCCUGGGCCCCAUGUGUUCUUCAUAGUGGUGGCAGUGGGCCGCUUCACCAGAGAAGAAAAGGAGGCUGUUGAUGUGAUCAAACAGAUAUUUGGUGCAGAUAUUAGCGAUUUUGCUAUUGUUGUGCUCACCAGAGGAGAUGACCUUGAGGCAGAUGACAUGAGAGUUGAGGAUUUUUUCCAAAAGGCAGGCUCAGAUCUUAAGUCACUUAUUAAACAAUGUGGUGGAAGAUACCAUGCACUCAACAACAGAAGCAAAGACAGUGAACAGGUCAUCAAACUUAUGGAGAAAGUGCAAGCUCUGAUGAAACAAAACGGCAAGUGCUAUACAUCAAUCCUUUUCGAAAUGGCCACUAAAGUCAGAGAAUUGGAAAAGAAGGUUGAAGAAGAAAAAAUAAAAAAAAAUCAUGAUCUGAUGAAAAUUAUGGAAAUGAAUAAUGAAAGGCAAAUGAAAAUGAUGGAAAUGCAAACAGAGACAAUGAAGGCGUUGGCAAAUCGCCCAGUGGUGACCACUAGCGGGUGUACCAUCUCAUAGUGAAACUGAAGUCAGAAUGUAAACCGGCCAUAAAUGUAUGUGUAGGAAAUUGAAGCGUCUGUCUAGGACAAAGGGAUUGCUAUUAAGGAAGUCUUAUUUUACCCUCAUUGAUAAAUGUACCUUAUGAAUACAUUUGAAUUCCCUUGAAGUUUCCCCAUUAUUGCAAUAUAAUGAUCUAGAUAACCAGUAAAUAACUUGUGAAAAGCAGA